CAGAGGUCUCUAUAGUCUCCUGCCGAUUAGAGAUUGGAGUCUCUCUGAUUUUUAAUUCACAGCUGAUCAACUGAAAACAAUUGUAUAAAAAUUAUUUUCGAUUCAAGUAUUUUCCGAAAUUUAAAUAAUUUGAGAAAUAAGUGAUUAUGGUAAUUAUUUAAUGAAUGAUUGAACUUGUAAAAUUAUUUCUUAGUUUAUCAAUUAUGUUGUGACAAAGCUUAUAUAUUAAUAAUUUUAAAGAAUAUUAAUUAUAUUGUAAUUUAUUAAUAAAUAUAAACACAAAGAAACUUAACAAACUUAACAUAGCAAUGAAUGAAUCAUCAGAGUUACACAUUGGUCCUCCACCGAUUUGGCCUGACAUCAAGUUAGAACUACGGGAAUAUAUCGAAUGCCCUGAACGAUUACCUAUACAUCAGCUGAACAGUGCUCAAUGUUACUGGUCGCGUAAACCAAAUGUUUGUUCGUUAUUGGAGUUUGAUUUGGCUCCAAUCGAUACUACGCUAAAGUUUGAUCGCGAUCCUAUAACAGGCAAGAUUGGCGAAAUGCAAGAAAUCGUCUUGCAAGGCGCAGGAGAAACAGCAAGAAAUUCUAUGUCUAUGACUCGUGCACCUGGACCGCUUACAGAUGGAGUUCGAGGUAAUCCUAGUAAUAUUCCUUUUUGGCCUGGUGGUUUUGAAGAACCUGAAGUACCUGAAAAUGAAUUUCUAAACGAUAUUGACUUUGAAAAGAAUUUGAGGACAUUAGCCAAAGGCUUUAGUUCGGGUGUAGAAUUUAAAAGCGACAAUUGCACAUCGAUUAAUUGCACAAAGAAUGAAACAGAAGUCGAAGAAAUUAAAAAAUCUGAAGAAUUAAAAAUUGACAAUAAUAUCAAUUUAAUGGCUGUUAUACAUGAGGAGGGAAAUUUACUUGGUUUAUGGUCUUCAAUUGAGGAGCCAAAGAAAGAGAAUGUUCAAAUUUCGGAUAACAACAUUCCAUUUACAGACAUUUCUAUUUUGCCUGAAGAGACGAAUAUACCUGUCUUGAAAAUAUCAGAAAAACAAUCAGAGUUUGCAAAGACAGAAUGGGCAGAGCAAUUGGAUGUGUCUGCACCAAUAACUAAAGCAGGAAAGACUACUGUUGCUGAAUAUGCCAUUGCAUUGAGUCAAAAGCAUAUGACGAGAGUGAUUUAUACAUCCCCUAUAAAAGCGCUAUCAAAUCAGAAAUAUCGCGAGUUUAAGAGAAAGUUUGAAAGCGUUGGAUUAUUAACAGGUGAUUUGCAAAUAAAUCAAACUGCUUCAUGCCUAAUCAUGACGACAGAGAUUCUACAAUCAAUGUUGUAUUGUGCAUCUGAUGUUUUACGGGAUUUAGAAUUUGUCAUAUUUGAUGAAGUGCAUUAUAUAAAUAAUGAAGAUAGGGGUCACGUAUGGGAGGAAAUAGUCAUUCUUUUACCACAGACAAUCAAUAUAGUAAUGUUAUCUGCGACUGUACCAAAUCCAAUAAUAUUCGCAGAUUGGGUCGGUCGUAUCAAGAAGCGAAAAAUGUACGUGAUUAGCACUUUGAAUAGGCCAAUACCUCUUCUACAUUACUUAUACACUGGCACUGAUGGUAAGACUAAAGAUGAUAAGUUUUUGGUCUUUGAUGGCAACAGCCAGUUCUUAUUAGAUGGAUGGUACAAAGCGACCAAUGCAUCCGAUAAGAAAAAGAAUAAAAACCCAAAGGAUUCUAGGAGAAGAAUUCAGAUGACUCCAAAACAAGAAGAAGUAUUAUGGAGAGCAUUUAUAAGUCAUCUCCAGAAAAAUGAUAUGUUACCUGUUGUUGUAUUUACUUUGUCAAGAAAACGUUGUGAUAUGAAUGCUGCUACACUGAGAAAUCUCGACUUAACAACCGCGAGGGAGAAACAUCAAGUGCAUGCAUUUUUUCACUCUAAUAUAAAACAUCUGAAAGGUAGUGAUAGAGAAUUACCACAAGUACUUAUGAUGCAAGAGCUCUUGGAGAAAGGUGUAGGUAUACAUCAUAGUGGGAUACUGCCAAUUUUGAGAGAAAUCGUAGAAAUGUUAUUCCAAAGUGGAGUUGUAAAGUUACUAUUCGCGACAGAAACUUUUGCCAUGGGAGUUAAUAUGCCAGCUCGCACGGUGGUAUUUGAUUCCAUACGAAAGUACGACGGAAACAACUUUCGUAUCUUACACCCGACUGAAUAUAUACAAAUGGCUGGUAGAGCUGGACGGCGAGGUCACGACACAACGGGAACAGUUAUAGUGAUGUGCAGGUACGACGUACCGCACUUUAACGACUUGAAACCUAUGAUGUGCGGCGAGCCGCAGACAUUGGAGUCGAAAUUCAAAGUCACGUACUCCAUGCUCUUAAAUUUGAGAAGGGUGAAUGAAUCCGUCACCGUUGAAGCGAUGAUGCGCAAGUCUUUCAAGGAAUCACCGCUAGCAUCACAGGAAGCGACGUAUAACAGCGAGUUACGAAAAAUCGAGCGAGAAUUAUCAAAUCUGCCGACUUUGACUGAGAUGCAGAAGAAGCUCUCUACGUUUUAUCACGUGGCGGUCGAUUAUCUAGAGGACGUUAAAUUUUUAAAUCCUUAUUUGUUCGAAUCCAAAAAAUUAGCGAAAGCUUUAACCGAAGGCAGAAUCUUGCUAAUAUCAUAUGCAAAUCAUUACAACAAAUUAGGUCUAUUACUGCAAGUCAUGCAUUAUAAAAGUUUCACCCAAUACAGAGUGUUGAUACUCAAGGACGCGGACGCAUCCAAUUCCGAGGCUGCUGAAUUCAAGAAUCUUCAAAUAUAUGAAAAAUGGUGUGAAAUUAUUAGUCUAACGAAAAAAAAUAUAUUUGUUCCAAGCACUAAUACAUCGCACGAGGUCGUGACUUUAUACUCAUGGCAUAUACUGAAGAUAACUAAGUGUCAGAUAAAAGUCGAUUGCUCUUUAGUGCAGAAUGAUUGGGAAAAGAGGCAAAUCUCACGAUUUAAAAACGAUCCACCGGGGCAGACGUGUCAGACGGCGGUUCAAGAAUUAAUUUCUCUAUCAUUUAAUGCUGCCGCCAAUGAUCAAAUUCUAUGUCCGUAUAUCGAACUUUUAUCGAAAAAUGAUUUUCAAUUAAGAGUACAGCAUAGAGACAAAUUAAAAGCUGAACUCAACGACAUGAGGUGCAUGGAAAUACCGAAUUUCGAAGAACAGUUUAGACCUGUAUUCGAACGAAAUCAACUCGAAGAUAAAAAACGGCAGCUCCAACUUAAACUUAGCGAUGAAGGAAUGGCGCUGUAUCCGGAUUAUAUGAAUAUGGUGGCUCUGCUCAAACAUUUGAGAUAUAUAGAUAGCGAUGAAAGAGUUGGUUUAAAAGGAAGAGUCGCGCUGCAAAUGGGUAGUAACGAGUUGUUGAUAACAGAGCUGAUUCUCAAGAAUGUGUUAACCGUUUUACAACCAGCGGAAAUAGUAGCGUUGUUAUCAGCACUAAUCUUUCAACAACGUACAGAUUCGGAACCUACACUCACACCGAAUCUCGCUAAUGGUUGCAAGAUAAUGAGCGAGGUGCAUGCGGAAUUGGAACGUUUAGAGCAGCAAUAUCAAUUGUCGAUGAUACCGUCUUUGAAUUUCGGUUUGGUGGAAGUUGUCUACGAAUGGGCGCAAGCUAAAUCGUUCGCAGAGAUCAUGAAAAUGACGGACGUCCAAGAAGGAAUUAUAGUUCGAUGUAUACAACAACUCGGCGAAACCUUGCGAGAUGUUAAAAAUGCGGCCGUGACUAUAGGUGAUCCGGUUUUGAAAGAAAAGAUGGAGGAAGCUUCGACUGCAAUCAAACGCGACAUAGUUUUCGCCGCAUCUUUAUAUACUCAAGAUUAGUGAGAAGAUGAAAUAUAAAAUAAUCUGACUUUUGGAGAUAGAAAAAUGUAUUCCUUUUAUAAAUAUAAUGAACUGAAUACGUACACAUUUUUGAAAAC